UCUAAGUCAAGAUAUACGGAAAUCAGAAAUGGCUGCGAUGGGUAGUGGACGAGGGACGAUGGAUUCCCAAAAUCAAGUGCAAAGUGAUAAUGUAGACCGUUUAAAAUUGCUUUAUCCCAAUGUGAACGAAGACGAGACCCCGCUGCCAAAAUCAUGGAGCACGAAGGACAAAUUCAGCUACAUCGGCCUAUCACAGAAUAAUCUUAGAGUGCACUACAAAGGUGGGACGCAGGGUCCGGGAAGAAGACCCCACCUGCCCUAUUUCCACUUACGCCUCUGGAUGUAUCGUCAUGGCAAAACUCACAAGGAUGCAGCCAGCGUUCGUGCCACACAUCCCAUCCCAGCCGCUUGCGGGCUUUACUACUUUGAGGUGCGCAUCGUGUCCAAGGGACGGGAUGGCUACAUGGGCAUCGGCCUGUCGGCACAUGGCGUCAACAUGAACAGACUGCCCGGCUGGGACAAACACUCAUACGGAUACCAUGGCGACGAUGGACAUUCCUUCUGCUCGUCCGGAACGGGGCAACCUUACGGUCCUACCUUUACGACUGGCGACGUCAUCGGCUGCGGUGUGAACCUUGUCGACAAUACCUGCUUUUACACAAAGAACGGACACCAUCUCGGUAUCGCCUUCAGAGGACUUCCGGUGCGUGUGAUGCCCAAUCUAUAUCCGACUGUGGGACUUCAGACGCCUGGUGAGGUAGUAGACGCAAACUUUGGGCAGCAGCCGUUCGUAUUCGACAUUGAAGACAUGCUGCGAGAGUUGCGUGCGCGCACGCGUCUCGCUAUUGACGAGUUCCCACUACCCGAUGAGCAGGGUCAAUGGCAGCAGGUGCUUCAUAGAAUGGUGUCAUCAUAUUUGGUACACCAUGGGUACUGUGGAUCAGCACAAUCCUUCUCCCGCGCCACAGGCCAACACAUACACGAGGAUAUCGCCUCAAUCAAGAAUCGACAACGGAUAUCUUCGUUGGUGCUAAGCGGGCGUAUCGGCGAGGCGAUAGAGAACACACGGCGUUGGUAUCCAGGACUCUUGGAGAGAGAUCCAGAUCUACUCUUCCUUCUAAAGUGCCGCCAGUUUGUCGAGAUGGUCAAUGGCACGGCUGAUGAUGCACAGUGCGGUGGGGCCAACCACAAUGGCGUGGCGACGUCGGUGAUAUCUCACACCUCGAGGGCGCAUUCGCCCGCCCCAGACCACCACACACACAAUGGCCUCCAUACUAAUGGUGUGACAGAUAUAGAACAGAAGCAAAACUGUGAUGUAGAAAUGGUGCCGGCGCCACCAGCUACGGAUUCCGCCCCAUCACCCAACGGUGAACACGAUGGUUCUGGGCCGGUGAAAGGCAUGCCGGGCGUCACCGCGUGCGUCGCCGCCCUGCUAUCGCCGCGCCGGUUCGAAGGUGAAGGUUGCCGUGUGAGCGUGGAACGUAUGCUCUCGUUCGGACGAGAGCUGUAUGCCAUGAGCCAGAAGUUGUCACAGGACCAUUUCCACAAGUCAAUGCUAGAGGAUGCCUUUAGCCUGUUAGCUUAUAGCAACCCAUGGGAUAGCCCGCUGGGCUGGCAAUUAGAGCCAGUGCGUCGCGAGGCUGUCUGCGAAGCGCUCAAUUCCGCUAUACUGGAGUUCCAAGGCAUGCCGUGGAUAUCGCCGGUGGAAGCGUGCGUGUCGCACUCCCGAGAGCUCCUUCGGCGUAUGGCGCGAGCGUCCCUCGGCGCCUGUGCCUUCGCCGACCUUCCCGCACUACUGCGCCGCUGACCCCCGCGCGCCGCGCCCCGGGCUCCCCGCCCCCACCGUCAUCGCCACUGAUGUUGUCCCUUUCGACCGAAUCAUAUACAAAUUAACGGAGUGAGACAAAUAUAUCGUAAGCGUUUCUUUUGUCCCCUUACGGAUUAUUUAGCGGAGUGACACAUCGUGCCCCUGUUUGGAAUCGUUUUACAUUUUGUCUCUUGUUUAUGGAGUGCCGACAAAUGACCAAAGUACUUACGCUUUUCAUUUUGAUAGUUGAUUUUAUUUUGUGGAACGCCUUUGACAGGCCAGUCUCAUACCGUGUCCUGACAAAAAUCUAAAUUGCGGUGAGCUUAAAUUACAGUGGUCGGUGCGAACGAUAUGGACGUUAAUAGCGGGUGUGCUCGUUAAUCGGAAGUGGUAAACGAUAUCACUUCCGGCUUUAAUACAUAGAUAUAUUAUAGAAUAUAAAUAUUAAUAUAAUCGGUAACGCGGGGCACUACUUAUUUUAUACGAUAGCGAGCACUUACAUAGUCAUUGUAUGGUAUUCAUGUAUGAUCGCCCUGUUUUCGAUUUAGUAUAUGAAUUUGUGAUUCAAAUGUAUUCGUCUACGUAACACGCAGAUAAAAAUAAAUAAGAAAUGUUCUAAAAUGGCUGUUACGAUAAAGACGAGUUUUGUGGAAUUAUGUAUGGCCUACGAUCAGUUGCAAUGUACAAUAGGCAGUAGCGUGGGUUGUAGGGUUUAUAAGACUUAUAGUGCCGCCGCUUAAACCUAACUUUACCGAGCUUUUUGUUGGCCAAUUAAUUGGAAGCGAGUGAGCGGCCGCCCGUAUGUGUUCAUUACAAUUAUUCCUAAAUCAAUUCAAGAGUCAAUCAAAUUAAAAACUUAGCUUGUUUUAAUAACCACUGAAACAAAGGCUUGAAUUUUCAUGAAUCUCCCAAUUGAAAUUUUGUAUCUAAUGGCAAGAUUCGGAAAAGAUGCUUGGUCCGAACUGCGACCCCCAAUUGUUUUUGACAUCCGGGAGUCACACGUAGCAGUCUAGUUUCUGAAUCUUGCCUAAGCUAGUGAUAGGUAUAAAAACAAUAUUUUCUUUUUUAUAACGCCCUCUGUGUUUCAUACUGUUUCUUAAUUUUGUAAAAAUAUUUUUUAUUCGUGAUUUUAAAUGACUAGACGAGUAGCUGCCAAUUAAUUGGCUAAAAAAUAAUAAAAUAAUUAUAAUGUGAGACGAACUGUUUGCGAGUAGUUGAUUAAGACUUAAGGUCACUGCUUUUGGUGCACACGGCCAUAAUUUCGGACGUAUAAAUAUUGUUUUUCAUUGAUUUACACCCUUACUAAGAAUUUUGCAAUUUGUUUUAUAAGACAGGCGGAAAUUAGUGCUCAUAGAAUUUAGUGCUUACCGCUUUUCAUGGACACCUGCAACGCCUUGCAUGUCUGUUGCAGGCCCUUAUUAUACUGGUUAGCUGCUCUUGAUGGCCCCAAAGUCGGAACUCUACGGAAAUCGUCGAAUGGCAAUAUUUAAUUAAGUAUUCGUAUCGACAUUGUAAUAUUUUUCAAAGCGAACACGUUUUUGAGCUAGUAAGGCUGUUGGUAAUAAACUUAAUGUAAUUUCUGCCAUUUUAGUACCAGACUAUGCUGAGGGCAAUUAUCCAUAAAACAAUUGAAUACUGUUCUUUUUUAAGAUGCUAAAUAAUUGUGGUAUGCUUAGUUUUCAAAAGAUUGGUGUCGUCAAUUUUACUUCACUUUUGAUUCGUUGAAUAUUAAAUUGCAUUAAUAAAUUUUUUAUUAAUUACUGUACAUGAAUUAAUUUUAUAUCGACUUUUAUUAUCCCACGGAAGUGAAAAUAAGGUCUCUUUGAAAUAUCCGUGCCGUGUGCCCAGUUUGAUGUAAAAUAUUAUUAUAUAUGACCUUUCGCGAUUUCUAAUAGCAGAAUGUUUUGUAGAUACGGUUGGACAUACUAACAUAUUUAAAAAAAAUUGUGUACGUAUUAUGUACGCGUUUUGUUGUAAUAUAAUGCAGAGAUUUUCAUGGAAAUGUAAAUAGACUUAGAUGUGUUAGUGUGUCGGGCUAAGACACUGCUUUGUAAAGACGAUUCUACAAUAUUGUUCGUAUAUUGUAUUGUUUUCUUUUUUAAUAAUAUAUUGUGUUUAAACCGUAAAAA